AUGGCUGAAGAUGGCCCCUAUGACCGGGUGCUCACGGAAACCACUGUUGCACCUCACAAUGCGGUGAAGGCUGAAAAAUUGACGGUGUUCUUGGGUUCUAAGUGCCUCUUGGCGAAUGCGGAGCUCAAGAUUGCCGAGCGCCCAAAAAGCCUUGGCACUAGCUACGGCUUGGUUGGCUGCAACGGAUGUGGGAAGAGCACGCUCCUCCGGCUCAUGGCGCAGAGGAAGCUGCCCGUGCCGGAGACUUGGGAUGUGUUCUUGCUCGGGCAGCACAUCCCGGCCGGCGAAGAUCACCCAGUUAUUGAGGAGGCACUUUGGCUUUCGGCCAAGGUCUUGUCUGCGUCUGCCCGGCGGCGCUUUCUGCUGGCAGAGGCCGCGCGCCUGUCCGCGGAGCUCGAGGAGGAGGUGGAAGCGCCGGGCUCAGAGCUCCGCUCAGCGGCGCUGCGGCAGGCGUGGAGGGCGAAGAGGGCGAAGAGGGCGAAGAACUGGAGACGAUCACAGAAAAAACAGGUCCUUGCAGACCUGGUGGAGUGGCAGAACGCGCCCAGGGAGGUUCUCCAUAUCCUGCAGAACUUGGGCUUCCGCGAGGAAACGGAGGCAACGGAGGCAACGGAUGCGGUGGAGCUUGCCAAGGCCUUGUGGCUGAAGCCCAAGCUGCUGCUGUUGGACGAGCCGACGAACCACCUGGACUUCCAUGCGCAAACGUGGCUCAUCCAGCAGCUUGCGGAGUACCCGCACACCACGGUUGUUGUUUCCCACGACGUGGCCUUCUUGCACGAGGUGUGCAAGUCCCACUGCUUCGCGCACUUCGAGCGGACGCCCGACGGCUCCACUGUCGACUGUGGUUCAAUGAGCGCAGCGGAAACUAAUUGGACGGAGCCUAGGCAGCUGGUGUCACUUCUGCCAGCGGGACAUGCGCAUUGCCUGGAGUACCUCCCUGACGAGGCCAAGGAUGUGGAGAUUUUGUAUGUCCCUUCGUCCUGUUGGCAGGGCGACCUACCCUCCGUCACGCGCCGGACCUCCCAAACAUGGGAUGGGGAGGCCGGGAAGGUUGGGCCUAACAAGGCCAAGAAGGCCCAGUUGCUGGUGCCCCGAGCCAUCAUUCUACCGGCGGGCUUCCUGCGCCUCCUCUGCCUGGUGGUUGAUCUCCUGGUUGGGCCGCUGGAGGUCUUCAGCGAGAGAUGGCCGUACAUCCCACAUGACAUCAAAGCAGCCUUGUCCCUGAUCCCGGCAUUCUGGGCCAUGGACAUCCUUGUCACUUUCUGUACGCCCUAUUAUUGGAAGGGUGACCUGGUGUGCCGACAUGUGCAGAUCGCCAGGAAGUAUGCCAGGGAGUGGCUGUUUUUUGAUGUCUUGUACGUUGCUGUCGACUGUGUGGUGCUCCUGGGUGAUCAGAUUUCUGCGAGUUCCAUGGUCGCUUUUCGCUUGACGCAACUCCUGCUCCGACUCGUGCGCCUCACCAGAAUGAGCAAGAUGGCCGAGGGGAUCAAGAGCCGUGUCAUGUCGGAGGUGCUGAGUGCCAACACCAACAUCAUGCAGAUCUCGGUCCAGCUUCUGCUUAUCCAUCACAUCAUGGCCUGCUGUUGGUAUGAUGUUGGCACCUGGGAAUCUGAUGGGUGGGUUGCCCAGAACUUUGACAACGCAUCCGUGUCGUACAAGUACUCCACGUCCCUCCACUGGACAUUCUGUCAGCUUGGUUUUGGCGGAACAGAGAUCGAGCCGGUGAGUACGGCGGAGCGCAUCUUUGGCAUCCUCUUCGCUCUCUUGCGACGAAACCUCUUCCGGCAGCUGAGCAAGUUCCUGGGGCGACAUCGUAUCCCGCCGGAGCUCUCGCUGCGCAUCCGCUGCUUCCUGGAGCACGCCUACAAGCUCAAGCAACAGACUACGCUGGAAACGCGGGUGCCGCUGCUGGAGCUCCUCUCGAAGCCCCUUCGCGGUGAGCUGCACUGCGCACGCUACGAACACCAGCUGAGGCUACUGGAUUUUUUGGAACUGCUGACAGAGGACCAGCGGGCCAAUGCCGUGAGACGGCUGGCUCACAGAGCCCUGCAGCAACGAACCUACGCUGUCUCAGACUCCAUCUUUGAAGCUGGCAACAUUGCUUCGGAGGCCUAUUUCUUGACGACGGGCUGCCUGGUGUACCUCCUGGGCUCAGAGAAGCACUCGGUCUCCAAGCGUCGCUGGCUCGCUGAGAUGAGCCUCUGGACUCCGUGGCUCCACUUGGGCGAGCUGACGGCCGUCACUGAUUCCGAGGCCCUCCGUUUGCCCGUGGAGCAAUUUCACGACUCGAUGCGGCGCUCCUUCGACAUCCUUCAGCUUGCUCAGGCUUAUGCCCUGAGAUAUGUGGAUGCCAUGAAUAGCUUGGUACUCGUCACCGACUUGAUGUGCGUGUGCAGUAUUCUCAUUUCCCAGUACAUGUCUAUCUUGAAGGGUACGCCGUCCUUGAAUCAUUCUGCUCUGACUGCUUCAAAGACCACGAAGGCCACGAAAGACCCGAAGGACUCGGCACAGGCAAAGGGGCAGGCAUUGCCGCCGUGGCUUCAGGGCACUCGGCGUUCAGAGCGGCCCGGCCCUCGCCAGCCGCCCCAGGCGACAUUGCAGAGCCCUGCGCUGCCGCCUUGGCUUGUGCGUUCGCGAGGAGAGCGAGCCGAGAUGCAGGAGGCCUCCAAAGAUCGUGGUUCCACACAGGUCCCCGCGACAGAAGUGCCAACACCCCCGGAGACUCUGGCACCGGCGCCGGUUGCUGGUGAGCUCCCACAUCUCUCAGCGAGGCAUGCGAGGCCAGGACCUGGCAUGGCAGUGGCGGCCGUGGCGGACAUUCCAGAAACCUGGGAAGAUCUGGAGACCAGCAGCGCGAGCACGGAGGUGGCUCCCUCCGAGGACUCCGAGGGCUCCGUGAAGGAGAAUGUUGAGCAGGCGGUCGGGAGCCGGAGGUUGCACAAGGAGUUGCAGAACCUGAACAAGGCUGUGGCCAAGUGGCAGAGACAUGGGGAGACGGACAUCGUGCAGCGAAUCAGGUGCUCCAAAGCGGCUGAACACCUACGCAGCCGCGAGGAGCUCUUUGAUGAGGACCGCUUCGUUCAGAGUGUUCUGAGGAGGCGCCUGGGGGCUACGCCAUGUCUACGCCUAAAGCCGGCUAACACGCAGCAUAGCUGCGUCGUGCGUCAUCCAUCAUCGUACCUCGGCAUACGUUCGAAUCUACAAUUUGUUGCAGCGCAGGUGCGGAGGGUUCAAGCCUCCGAGCUGACAGGCUUCCCUCGGUGUGAGCUUGAGGGGUUUUCGUUUGGGAGAUGUACAAAAAGUCUGAGGGUUUCCGAUGUUUGUUUACGGCAGCCCUCCUGUGUACAGCAUGUACAGCAUGUAUGGCCCUGGGGGAGGUCCCAGGUCGAAACCGCUGACUGUGCUACCGCUUGUGACUGGGUUUCCCACACCCUCGCGGCGGCUCCAGCACGGGGCGGCUGA